GCGCAAGCCAGCGCCCCAGCAGGCAUUCCAGCCACUAUCCUUUACACGGCAUAGCUGCGCAUAAUUACUACACGUUGCGAGUGGUCGCGAAUCCGCGCUCUUCGAGAGACAUGCGCCCCGCGCUGCUAAUUUUGGCAGCAGCACAUCUGCAGCACUGCAAUGCACUCGCGGUGCCGUCACCGACACCUGCUCUGCCAGAGCUGCGCAUGACUGUGAAGGACUGCGGCAGCAAAGGGUUGGGCGCGUUCGCCGCCGAGGACCGUUCUCAAGGCGCGUGGGUCUGCGAUUAUGAAGGCGAGGUGAUCGACUUCGCGCAGCGAGCCGUGCGCUACGUCUCUGAAGAGCCAGAAUACUUGUUCCAUCUCGGCGGCGGCGCCGUGGCCGGCAGCCACGUGUACAUCGACGCCGUCGACUCGGACCACGCGAGCCGCGCGAUCAACCACGCGCAGGACGCCUGCCUCGAGCCGCGCGUGAGUCUGGCGGAGCGGCGCGUGGCGUUUUAUGCUCUGAAGGAUAUUAAAGCGGGGGAUGAGCUAUCGUUCGACUACGGCGAACAGUAUUGGCUGGAACGAGGCCUGGCGCCGGAGGACGACUCCCGCGACUACUCGCCCGAGCGCGUCGCGCGGGAACGGGCAAAGCUCGCCGACGCGCAGGCGGCGAGCAGCUCGCUCCAGAACCCGCUUUCGCGUCGACGGCGUCGGGGCCGCGCGCCCAGCACCGCCGAGGAACUCGCGCGCGUUCUCGGGGAGCGGCCGGAGCGACCCGACCCUUGACCGGCCGGCCGCACCGAUGGUAGUAGAAGGUAAUGUGUGUUGUAGCGAG